GACGGGUCUCGCGAUGGCGAGCACGACUACGCAGAACGGGGCGUGCCAGAUCUGGUCGCUGAAGGACACCAGAAGCCAUGAUAGCUUCAAUGGCUGCCAGGAUGAGUUCGAGAGGUUCUUUUUCACCUUGGAGGCAGAGGACAUCCAGAACGCGGAGACGCUUGAGCUGAGCAGGAACUUGAGCACGUUCCUGCCGAUGAAGAUGCGCGGGGAAGCGCAGACGAUGACUAAGUUGGCUGGUUCUGGCAGCGGGUUCGAGGCCCUUCGGCAGAUCUACGCUGACUACCGCCCGAGUGGCGGCACUUCGGAGCACAGCCUGCUGACGACGAUCGCGCAGCCGAAGUGGUGGACGAGUGAUGAUCACUCGAGGCGAAGCUUCGCGGAGGUGCUGCGCGACUGGGAUCAUCUCGUCACGCAGUAUGACUUGGCGAGCCACGGCGCGAUCAGCGGCAGGCUCAAGUGCGCGACCAUCCCGGGCUAUGCGCCGCUGCCGAUCAGGAAGGUGCUCGACGGAGCCAGCCAGGAGGUCAGAGAGAACUACGCGGUGAUGCGGGCAAGGAUUCGCGAGCACUGCAUGGGGAGAAAUGCCAGGGCUUUCGCCCCCAGACCACCUGAGGCGGGAGGAGGAGGCCAGGCGCCGAUGCAGGUGGAUGCGGUCGGCCAGGUCGACGCGAUCGGGUUCGACAAGCCGCGCUGCAACCUCUGCAAGAAGUUCGGCCACGCGGCCGACAAGUGCUGGUUCAAGGGCAAAGGUGGCGCCAAGGGCGACCCCAAAGGUGGCAGGGGCGAUGGCGGCAAGGGCGGAUCGAAGGGCGGACGCGGCGGCAACGCGCCGUCGAGUGACAAAGACAAGACAUGCCACUACUGCAAGUUCAAGAAAGAUCAGGAGGACAGGAAGAAGGGCGCUGUCAGCAUCGUCGAGAAGGAGGCCGCCGAGGUCAACGUGAUGGUCGUGCCCAGCGAAGACGACUCUGACGAGUGCGGCUUCUGCAUGGCGCUGGAGAGCGACUACGUCGACCACGACCCGGACGAGCACCAGGUGGGCAUCGUCGACCGCGACUCAGACGGGCACCAGGUGGACUACGUCGACCACGAGUCGAACGGGCACCAGGUGGGCUACGACGGCUACGAGAGCGUCGGAGACCAGCUGGAGGACGAGUUCGCGUGCCACGCCUGCGACGACACGAUCAUCGUGGCCAUCGGCGACGGGGCCAAGCUCAAGGAGUACGACGUUGACGACUUUCUGAUGCUGGAUGGCUAUGAUGCAGGUUUUGACGUGGUCUACUCGCACAGUGACGGGUGCUACGUUGGUUACUCCAAGCCUGACGGGAGGUAUGUCAAGAUCCCGAUGGUGCGGAGAAAGAACACGUUCGGGGUCCCUGCCAGCGUGCGCAAGGACCUCGAGGACGCCAAGGAUGUGGUCAAAGAGACCAAGCGGUUGCUAGGCCGCUAUCCCGACCAGCAGUCGGGCACCGUCGCCGCCAACGAGGACGCGGUGAUGAAGGGCGAGGGGGCCGUCCAGGCUGAUGAAGCUGCAGCGCCUGUGCCCAUGGCAGAGGGUGCUGGGUCGGCUUCGUCGGGGUCUGGAGGUGGCGCCCCCGCUUCGGCCCCACCGGCGGCAGCCAGUCCGCCUGGGGACCGGCCAGGGCCAGGGGCGGCGCCCCGCCCUGUGAGGGACCCUGAGGGAGCAGAGCUCGGGCCAGGUUCUCGAGUCGACCUGCUCCGACAGCGCUCGAGGGAGCUCGGGGCCGCGAUCUACGGCACGAAGGAGCAGCUGUGGACGAGGCUCAAACAUGCUGAGCUCAAGCGCAAACAGGACUUGGACUUCAAGAAGGCGGUCGAGGAGCGUUACCAACAGCAAGUGGACGGCCAGCCUGUGACAGAGGCCAAGGUCGUCGAGGCUCCCUAUGCUCCAACGGAGGUUGAGCAGGAGCAACACGAGGCUGCUGGUCACGCGGUGUUCAAGAAGCGGUGCCAUGCGUGCGUGUUCGGACUGGGGCCUGAGGACCCGCACGUCAGGCAGCCCGUGUACGGCAGCAGUGUCAGAGAGGAGCUGAUUUUCUUCGACUGGGCCUUCAACGGCACUCAGGACACGGACAAUCUCUGCGACGAGGCCGACAAGGGUCUCGGGACAUCUCUUGUGGCUGCAGAUCGCAGCACUGGUCUGCUCCACGGCAACGCGCUGGGGGGCAAGGCCGCAGACGAUCACACCGCGAAGCAGCUCAUGAGGUUCAUGAAGCAGCUCGCGUACCAGAAGCCAGAGCUCAGGUGCGACACGGAGCCUGCGGUGAAGGCUCUCCAGGAUAAGGUCGUGAACGCGAGGAACGAGGAGAACCUGGAUACCAGAGUUUCGCAGGGUCGCACGCGGGACAGCAAGCCGAUGGGCUUCAUCGAGACGCGGAUCCGCUGGUGGCGAGGCCGCUUGAAGGCCAACAGGGUGCAUGUGGAGAUGAACUGCGGUAUCAAGCUCACGCCGCACUCCCCGCUCUGGCCGUUCCUCGCCCACCAUGCUGCAAACGUGACGAACUGGCACUCGCGGGGUGCUGACGGCUAUGCGGCUCACUUCGCGGUCUACGGCGUGAACUACACUGGAGCAGUGGUUCCCUUUGCUGAGACGGCGAUGGCAAGGGCUCCAGUCAGCAAGACGGGCCAGCGACGUUCGAUGGGAGGUUUGGUGCCCAGGCUGACCAAGGCGGACACUGCCUGGGACAAGGGGAUCUGGGUCGGCAAGACGACCAACAACGACGAGCACAUCAUCCUGACGAUUGCUGGCAAGGUGACCUGCAGGACCGUCCGCAGGAUGCCCGCGGGGAAGCGCCACGACAAGGAGCUCUUCCUGAAGGCCUGCGGCGAGCCCUGGAAGGAGAAGGUCGCGCACAUGCCUCGGCCCCUCGUCAUGGACGGCGGCAGGGGCGAGGCCGCGCCGACGCCGCUGGAGGCCGUGGGCACGGAGGCCGAGGGGGCAGCUCCAGGAGCUCCCCCGUCUGGGGCAGAGGGCCAGGAGGGCUCAGCCCGUCCUGGCCCCGAGGGUCCUGAGUCGGGGCGAACCCUCCAUAUCCCCAGGCCUCAGCUGAGCGCCCACCAGACUCACGUCCUCAGGCCCCAGAGGCCCAGGCCCCAGAGGCCCCGCCGAGACCUGGCGGAGAGGCGGAAAGCUGCGCAGGAGCUGGCGGAAGCUCGGGGAGUGGACCAAGAGGCCCCGAUGGGGGCUGGUGCCAGUGGUGAGCCAGACGCCCCGAUGCCUGCCGCUGCGAGCUCCUCGGGUACGGCAACCAGAGCGGACAGCAGCGGCUUCCCCCAGGAGGGGGCGGCUGAGGCGCUCGACAAGGGCUUAAAGCUCUGCGAUGAGUUCGGCAUCUACCCAGUUCAUCCUCGGGCGGCCUCCGACGGCAAGGAGGUUGAUACCAAGUGGGGGAAUAAGGGCCGAGCUGGGGUUCUUAAGUGCAGGCUGGUGGGCAAGGAGUUUGCCUGGCUCGAGGAGCGUGGUGAUCUCUUCGCUCCUGGGUCGACGUCCCUGACCAGCCGCAUCAUUGACUUCCUCAGCCAGAAGUUCUACCGCAGGCCGAUGACGAGGCUGGGCCUGGAGCUGCACAUGGACGACUUCUACUGCACGGGCCGCAGGAGCGAGGUCGAGAGCUUCCUUCCAAUUAUCAGGACCAAGCUGAAAUUGAAGGACAGCGACGUCGUCACCGAGGGCCGCUUUGAGUACCUCAAGCGGACGAGGAUCAAGACGGACGGGGGCAUUUUCGCGCAGCCCCACGGGAAGCACGCCCUCAACAUUAUCACAGAGCUAGGGCUGAUGGGCGCGAACCCAGUCAAGACUCCAGACUUGGGAUCGGAAGAGGUCUUGGAGCACCCCCAUCCACUCGUCGACAAGCAGAUCGCGAGGCAUCGUUCGCGUGUGGGGAGUGGCCUCUACCUGGCGCAAGGUCGCACCGACAUCCAGAGGGCCGUGAGGACGCUGGCAUCUGACCUGGCGGCGCCUACGGAGCUCUCUUGGAAAAGGCUGCUUCGCCUUGGGCGCUACUUGGUUGGGACAUCCGGCCUGGGCGUGUUCAUCCCGAAGGUUGACAUGGGGAUCUGCGAGAAGGGCGCGGUCCACUUGAGGAGUUUCGCCGACAGUGAGCACGGAGGCAAGGAGGCGAAGCGCAAGAGCACGACCUGUGGGGUUCUGUAUGCUGAUGGUGUGGUGCUGGCGACGUUAGUGAGGAGGCAGGACUUGAUUGCAGUGAGUUCUGGGGAGAUCGAGUUCUACGCGCUGAGCACUGUGGCCAUGGGCGGCAAGAUGCUCAGGGAUCUGCUCACAUGGUUCGGGUUUCGUGUUGAGUGGACCUUGGAGACGGACUCCUCUGCAGCUCGCGCGAUGUCCUUGAGGCAGGGUUUCGGGGAGGUCCGCCACCUGGACACGCGAGCACCCUGGGCCCAGCAGGCCACGCGCAUGCUUGGGCUGAAGGUGCUGAAGUGCAAGGGUACUGACAGUCCCAGUGACAUUGGGACGAAGCCACACACGUCCGAGGUUCAUGAGCAGCUCUGCAAGCAAGUGGGACUACGCCGACUCAACGGAGAUUUGGGAGCUGUUCGCGAGGUCGAGGUGAAAUCUGUGAUCGAGAAGCUGGGGCGGGCAGCUCGCGGCAAGCAGUGCGGUGGGAGGGUCGUGAGCAGCCCGGGCCUCAACGCAGCGAUCCUGGCCUUGUGUAUGGCCCUGCAAGCUCAACGAGGAGAAGGAGUUCAAGAUGGAGGUGGUGCUGGAGGCACCGAUGACGACAACCCCGAUUUCAUGAUCGUGCCCGUGACGCUGCUGCUCAGCUGGGUUUUCACUUUUGUGCUGGGCUUCCUGACGGCAAUCUGGGCACUGUGGGGGCGCAUUGCCCCUGCGCCUCAGGCGCCCAGGGCGAGCUCCUCAUCGGGAGGAGAAUGCGACCCAGAGGCCAUGGCGAAGAUGAUGAACGGGAGCUGCGCAUUCCACCUGCCUGAGACUGAUAGGGUGGCACACCAGAGCAGGCGAUGCCGAGCUCUCGAGGGAGUUCUCUACGUGGAGCGGCGCCUGGUGGCGCGCCGCAGGUGUGAGGUGUGCUUCGCGAAGAAGCAU